UUUUGUUAAAGCAAAUAUAGAAUUGUUUUGUUCUUAAGUUAUUUUGAAAUAACAUGAAAUGUUAAUUUCUACUUCAGUUGUCCUAAUUAUUGCUUGUAUUACUUUAUUUUAAAAUGCUUCCAGUACAGGAGAGAAAUUAUUUGUUUGCAGCCUCAGAACUUUUGGAACAGAUGAUGAAUUUCAUGGAACAAAAAGCAGUUUUAAUUAUCCCUCAAUGGGCCAAGAUGAGAAAUAUGUUGCAAGUGCAUAUAAACUGGUGAAUUAUUAAUGAAUCAUAAUGACUGUCCUCUACAGAGUCAAAGCUUUUGAGAUUAUUUUGUGAUUAGAGUCAACAAACAAUAUUUCCUAAAGGUAGUUGGAUCAUUUAGGUUUAUCAAAUAUCUGCCUUAAACAUCAGCACUGAAAUCAGUCUACCUCCUGUUCGGGCAUUUGCUCCUUACCGACUCCCUUCAGCUCCUGCUGAUGAUGCUGCUGUACCUGUUUGCUCUGACCAGGAUCAGAAUGACCACCUGGGUUUGUGUUGUGAUCACUCACCUUACAGCCAUCACGGGGAAGCUGUCGCCCAUCAACCUGGCUGUAAUGUCUGUGGAGAGAUACUUGGCCAUUUGUUUUCCACUCAGACACGCCACCAUUGCAACACCCAAGACGACCGGUGCAGCCAUCUUUGCCAUGUGGUCUAUGGCCUCUUUAGAGUCCUUCACGCAGCUCUUUCUGUUUAUCAGGCUUAACAAUGCAGACCUCACCACUCAAGGCUUCUGCAGCACUAACACUGUGUUUUGGCUGCAGGUUUAUAUGACGUUGAAUAGGACUUUCCCUAUAGUUAACUUUGUUUUAGUGAGCGUCAUUAUCAUUUACACCUAUGGUGCAGUUAUGGUUUCAGUGAAAUCCUCCGCCUCUUUUGCUCACAAGGCUGAAAAUGCAUAUAAGAUCGUGCUGUUGCACAUAUUUCAGUUGUUCUUGUACCUCUACUCUGUUUAACAUGAUUAACUCCAGUGAACUGUUGCAUUUAAAU